AUGGCUCAGUUCUUUAAGGUAUGCCUCCUCCUUCUUCUCGUUUCCGGUCGAUUAUGUAGCGGUAGCUACGCAAGAGGAGGAGGAUCAGCCGAUGCGGGUAGCUCUGGCGUCUCCUAUGGCGGAGGUGGAGGAGGAGAAGAAGCCACUGAGAAUGAGGUCUCGGACGUGGGAGUCUCAGAAGAUGCCGGGGUUGAAGCAGCGGAUACCGGGGAUACCGGAGCUGGGGAAGAGCUCCUGCUCCCAGCUAUUCGGCUCCAGCUCCUGCGCCAGCUCCAGCUCCUGCUCCAGCUGCUCGAGCAGGUGGCUACAGCAGCGCUCCAGCUCCAGCACCUGCUGCUCCCCCAGCGGCCCCGUCUGGAGGUGGUGGCUACAGUAGCGGUGCAGCGUCGGCGCCAGCACUGGGUGGUGGAGGCUAUGCUACAGGAGGAGGAGGAGGAGGAGGAGCCGGAAGUCCGUGUCGCGGCCAGACGUCGCGUCGUAGCUGCACGUCGUCGUGUCGUGGCGGCCCUCACCAGGAAGCGCGUCGUAGCGGUGAGGAGGAAGGCGGCACGCCGUGUCGUGGCCGCCCGCCGAAAAGCCAUCAAGAAGGCGGCCGCCAGAAAGAUC